AUGCUUGGUACUCUGACUGUAGUGCUGAUCACAGACCUUAGGGCAGAGUGUGCUGUGGAAGUGAAAUAUAACAGAACUAAGUCAAACCCUGAUUGUAAAGAAUCUACUGAGCAUCCAAGUAAAUUUCCACUUAUUACUAUAAUUUGUUAAUUCAGUCCCAGAACGUCCUCAAACUCCUCAACUGAAAAUAUGAAGAAGCAAGGUUCAGACAGCAAGUCUGCUCCAAUUUUGCCAGCGCUGCCAGAACCACUCAAAGAUCUGAAAAUUAAGUACACCAAGAUAUUUAUAAACAAUGAGUGGCACGAUUCAGUCAGUGGUAAAAAAUUUGAAGUCUUUAACCCUGCAAAUGAAGAGAAAAUCUGUGAGGUUGAAGAAGGUGACAAGGCAGAUGUAGACAAAGCUGUUAAAGCUGCUAGAAGAGCUUUUGAACUUGGGUCACCCUGGCGUACAAUGGAUGCUUCAGAGCGAGGAAGGCUCUUGAAUAAAUUAGCUGACUUAGUUGAAAGAGAUCGGCUGAUUUUAGCUACAAUGGAAGCCAUUGAUGGUGGGAAACUCUUUUCCACUGCCUACCUAAUGGAUUUAGGUGCCUGUAUCAAAACAUUACACUACUGUGCAGGUUGGGCUGAUAAAAUCCAUGGGCGUACUGUUCCAAUGGAUGGAAACUUUUUUACAUUUACAAGACAUGAGCCGAUUGGUGUAUGUGGCCAAAUUAUUCCUUGGAACUUCCCAUUGGUUAUGUUCAUCUGGAAGAUCGCCCCUGCCCUUUGUUGUGGAAACACAGUGGUUGUCAAGCCAGCAGAACAAACACCACUGACUGCCCUUUACAUGGGAUCCUUAAUUAAAGAGGCAGGAUUUCCACCUGGAGUUGUGAACAUUGUGCCAGGCUUUGGACCCACUGCUGGAGCAGCAAUUUCUCACCAUAUGGAUGUAGAUAAAGUAGCUUUCACAGGCUCUACAGAGGUUGGAAAACUGAUUAAAGAAGCAGCAGGAAAGAGCAAUCUGAAGAGAGUUACAUUGGAACUUGGAGGGAAAAGUCCUAACAUUAUAUUUGCGGAUGCAGACUUGGACACCGCUGUGGAAUUUGCACAUAUUGGUCUGUUCUACCACCAGGGACAGUGCUGUAUAGCAGGAUCUAGGAUUUUUGUGGAAGAGCCUAUUUAUGAUGAGUUUGUUCAGCGGAGCAUUGAACGAGCAAAGAAGUAUACUCUUGGGAAUCCUCUGUUGCCUGGUGUACAGCAAGGCCCUCAAAUUGAUAAGGAGCAGUUUCAAAAAAUCCUGGAGCUAAUUGAGAGUGGGAAAAAAGAAGGAGCUAAACUGGAAUGUGGAGGAGGUCCAUGGGGAGACAAAGGUUACUUCAUCCAACCCACAGUUUUUUCUAAUGUUACAGAUGAUAUGCGCAUCGCCAAAGAAGAGUGGAGGGUUAAUUGUUAUAGUGCAAUGUCUGCUCAGUGUCCUUUUGGAGGAUUUAAGAUGUCAGGAAAUGGACGAGAAAUGGGAGAAUAUGGGCUUCAUGAGUACACGGAAGUUAAGACUGUCACAAUCAAAAUCCCACAGAAGAAUUCAUAAUACUUCUUGAGGUGAAGAAUUUAACAUCUUCAAAUGAAUUUGAAAAAGCUAUCUGAAUUCUGUAAAGUUUUAUGUUCCAAAAUAUUCAUUAACCUUUUUGCUUUCUGAUUGUAUAAGAGAUACUUGCUUACAUUAACAAUAUCAUGAAUAAUGUAGAAAAUUUUAAUGUGACUAACAGAAAAGGAAACUUUAAUGUCUGGUACAUAGAUAACUACUUUUGAAAUUCAUGUUCAGAAAUAACUAUUUUUUAUUUUCAGUGGAAGGUCUCUGUAGUGCUAUGAAAACGUUCCUUUUUCAAUAUAUGCUCUACAGGUACAGUUUGAAUUUAUGUUCUCUUUUUAACAUUAGAUGGCAAGCUUUCUGCAUAUAUUUUUCUUUGUGGCCUUAACAAAAGCACUUAUGAAUAAUUAGCAGAUAGAUACUUCUUGUGUUAUUCAAGAAUAAUAGACUUCUAGAUAUAUUGCUUAAACUACUGAAUUUGUUCAUCGUACUACACAAAUGUAAUCUGGAUAAUAUUAAACAAU